AUGAAAAAGAUUUCAAAGAGAAAAGAAGAUAUUUUUAGAAAAAUGUCAGAAGACACAGAUAACAUUGCAGUAGAAGAAAAUGUAGACAAGCAUCUACAGAAAGAUUUAAAUAUGGAAGAAAAUCAAAACAUAAUAGAAACUCUGAGAGGCAAAGUAAGAGAAAAGAUAAAAAAUGCCAAGAUUAAUCAAGGCAAAAAAUCUUCAACUCAGCUGCUCGUUGAUAAUAAGAUAUAUCAGUGGUCUAAGGUGAAUAAGCAGACUGAAGUCUCACUGGAUGAAGGUCUUUCGUUUUUUAUUCUGAGUGGUGAAGAAGACUCAACUUUAGGCCCGUCUGCAGAGCAGAGAUCAGUAAAUGUUAGUUACCACAAACACUUUUCCCUUGGUGAUAAUUUACAGAACUUUGCUAAGGGCCGAGAUGAAGAUUUUAUGGAAGAAGUCACUUUCCUAGAUUUACUUGAAGUAAAGGCUGCCGAUUAUGAAGAUGAUCAAGAACAAGUAAAAAAACAACAGGCAAAUAUUUUUGUUCCAAGCAAUUCUCCGGUGAUCAACCAACUUAAACUGCCAAAAGAUAUGAUGCCACGCAUUUUAGAAGAAGAAGGAUUCUAUGUUCACAAAAAGCCAGAAAUAUAUAAAAAGACCUGCAACAAAAUGGAAAAUCGCCUGCUUAAACUAGAAGAGGGGAAGUGUUGGUUUGAAGAAAGUGGAGAAAUAAUGUCAUUACCUUCACCUGUUAGACGGUCAUGGAAUUUCAGACUAAACAUAAGUAAGGAACCUUUAAAUCCAGCACUGAAGACCAUAUACAGGAAGGCAGUGAAAUCUGAUCUAGAAAGCUCUAUUAGGAACAAAAUGGAAGGUCAAAGGGAAAGGUACCAGUUAGAUCUCAACAUUGUGGGUUUGCAAUUCAGUCAUCAUCCUCUCUUCAAUCAAGAACAAGUAUUAUGUGCUAGGCUGCUCCAACUUUAUGAGUGUUUUCAGGACAGGCAGCAACAGAAUUUACCUCAGCUGCUUUAUGAGAAGCUUAAAGCACUGAAGGAUGCUACCAAAUUAGCAAACGAAAAUUUGGAAACAAGCCAGCUGACCAGAAAAUCUUUACAGGAUUAUUAUUGGCAGAUAAGUAAUACAAAACAGCUCUAUGACUUAGAAAAGGAAAAGGACUUCUCCCUACUACACAGUAUAUUAUGGACUUGGAAACAGAUGAAAUUCCUUCGACAACGCCAAGGAUUUACAAGCACCUCGAUAAAGUUGCAGUUUCAGAGGAUGAAAAUGAAUAAAUGUGAUGAACAAAAACAAGAAGAAUUGUCAGAAAUGUAUGAGACUCAGAAGAAAACUGAAGGAAAAGCAUUUAAGACUGGGGAGAAACAGGAGAGUUUCUCAUAUUUAGCUUCAGAAUUUGAAGAAAUAGAUAUUGAAAGAAAUCCAAUUACCUUGAUGCCACAAAUUUCUUUCACAGCAGAAUUAACAGACUCAUCUAGAUGUUCACUGCACGAACAAAAGAGGAGAACCAAAAUUCAGAAGCUUAAAUAUUUUAUUAAAAUAUUAUACAACAAUAAACAAGUUUCUUGCACUUCAGUAUCUCCCCUACAGUUUGAUUUUAAAGUCAUGUUUCAACAAAUUUUCAAUAUUCAGUUAAUAUAUUGGCCUGAAACAAUUUGCUUGGAGGUUUAUGAAAUAAGUAAAAGGACAAGCUUAUUGGCAAAACUAUAUUUACCCUUACCUAAAAACACAGAGCUAAAAAGCAAAACUGUUUUGGAAUAUGUAGAAUUUAGCUCUGAUAAGCUGGUCAUACCUGCAUAUGGAGAAGUGGGAAGCAAUGUGCCCUUUCUUCUUGAGGGAAACGGAACUGAAGAACUUUGUCUUUUGACUUCAGGAAAACUAAGCUAUUCUCUAUCAUGGGCCUUAGAUGAAAAUGGUGUUCCUCUGACACCUAUGUCACAGUCAUUACGAUCUGCUUACUGCAGUGUGUUAAGGAAUGUGGAUGCAAGAGGUGUUCCUGGAAUUCCAUGGCUUAUUAAUGCACAGAAGCUUUUUGAAUGGGCAAAUGAGGUCAGAAUUGACCCAAAUAAUCCAGAAUAUUCUGAUUUAAUGGAAUUUGUUAUGUACAUGAAACAUAAAGAACAGGAUAUUCCAAAGUAUUUUCGUCUCAAACAGUUGCAAGAUGAAUUUAACUUUGUUUCUGAAGAGGAAAUGAAAAAGAGUAAACGUUUCCGGCUAUUGCAACUUAGAAAUGCAGGUCAAUUAGAUGUUUUCCUUCUGCCGCAAAUGCCCCUGUAUGACAGAGAGAUUCCAGAUUUACUCUUCCAGGAAUAUGAAAGUCAGAUAGAGAAGGAUAUGUCCAUUUCAGAUAUGAAUCCUAUUACCGCACAAAGGAUUAAUUCUGCCAAUUUUCUGAAAAAGAUGAGAAGGUUGAUAAUGAAAAGAAUUGCCAAAGUUAGCAAAUUUAACUUAUCAGAUAUUGUGGCUGAUUAUGAAGAAAUUGUAUCUGCAAGCCAGUUGACAGGUGCAGUUUGUAAGCUUCUUGAACGACGAAGAAAGUUAAAGCCUCAGAGGCAAGAAAGGAAAAAAGUGGCAGCACAGACUAUCUGUGAUGGAGAUAUUAAGAUUCUUUUCAGAAUAUUGAGGGCUUAUAAUAUUCCUACAAGGAAAGCAAUAGUUAAUAGAGCCUUGGAUAUGCCUACUUAUUUGAUAUCAUCCGUGUCUCGCCUCAGACAUAAAGAAACAAUCAAAUCCGUAACCUCAGAUGAGAUCUUAAAUGAGAUAAGUAUUUAACACUUCUAUAAAGAUACUGUGCACCCCUUUGUGGAAGUUUCCUUUCAGCACACUGUGUACCAAACCAGUGUUGCAAGUGGAUCUCAUCCAUGCUGGAACGAAGAAAUUAAAGUAGAUUUUAUCUUACCAGGACAUGAUUAUAGCAUCUCAAGCUUAUCUAAAAUAAAAGAUAAUAUAUAUAUCAACAUUUUUGAUGAAAUGAUUAUUGAAAAACAUGAGGAUCACAGUUUCAAGAGCUGCAGUGGUCAUUCAUAUAUAAGAAAGAAUUGGCUUGGAUCCAUUGUCUUCCCUUUCUCUGCUCUCCUGCAACAAUCUGAGAUUAGUGGAACAUUUCAAGUAAAUAGUCCACCAGUUUUGCUUGGGUAUACUUGGAGUGAGACUUAUGUGUCUCCUAAAGAAGAUUAUAAUGGACAGAAUUUAAAAGAAUGUACCUUCUUAAAUAUUUUUGCUACUAUGGAACCUCAAAUAUCAUAUGCCAUCUGUAAUCCAGAACUAGACAAGUUUUCAGGUCAAAUAGAUGUUUUGGAGAGAGCACAGAUUUUUAAAAAAAAUUGUAAGGCAUUAUUUCCUAAACGAAGAAUCACAACUACUGUUUUUAAUGAUGAAGGGAUACAGAUCUUAGUAACAAGAUAUAUCAAGGCAUUGAAUCCACCUCAACAACUCCUGGAUAUAUUUCUUCAUGAUUCCAAUGCAACACUUGACCUCGUUGCUCGCUUUGUAUCUUUGAUUCCUAUUAUGCCUGAUACACUGGAUGAAAAUGAUGGUUGUGAUAUAUGGAUGACAUCAGAGCGCUGCAUCAGUUUGGCUAUUGGAAAUAAGGAGGAGCAUGCCAUACUUCUCUGUAAUUUCUUCCUGUAUUUUGGAAAGAAAGCUUUGGUCCUCCUAGGAACCUCGAUGUUGGAAGGGCAUGUGGCUUACGUAUUAACGCCAGAAAGUGAUGAAUAUUUGCUUUGGAAUCCAUUAACUGGGCAAUGUCAUAAGCAUUUUGACCCAUUUUGUCCCUUACAAAGUGUAGAUUGUUUGUUUGAUGGUGAAAAUGUCUGGUUUAACAUUCAGCAAAAUAAUUCACCAAGGGCUGUAUAUUUUGACUAUUCAAAGGAAAGUUUCUGGAAACAGAUGCUUCCAAAAAAUUAUCGAGGGAUGAAAGCACAAAGCAUACAGCCUGAAGAAAUAAUUUAUUCUGAUACUAAUAAAAGCAUGGUAGAAGAUCUAAAGAACAGGAUUGAAAGAACUCUGAAAUAUAAAAUAAUGGAAUGGCGACCUAAACAGCCAACACGUUGGAAUAGACAAUGUACUUUCAUUUUAAGACAAAUCCUUCCUAAGUUAGAGCUUGGCACCGGAAACUUUGUUUCAUUUGAAGAAGAGAGUGAAUUUGAAAGACUGCUACAAUUUUAUUGGGUCGCAGGAUUUCCUAUCCAGAUGCCAUACACUGAUGUACAGUCAGUUAUUGAUGCUGUGUAUCAAACUGGAAUUCAUUCCUCUGAAUUUCCACAGACAGAAUUUGCUUUAGCUGUGUAUAUUCACCCCUACCCAAACAACAUAUUAUCUGUGUGGGUCUAUUUGGCUUCAUUAGCGCGAUAUCAGUGA